AUGGCUUUCCAAGUAUGUCAGAACUACCAUAAGGAUGAGGAUGGGGUUAACAGGCAGAUCAACAUGGAGCUCUAUUCUUCAUAUGUUUAUCUCUCUAUGUCCUCGUACUUUGACUGGGAUGAAGUUGUCCUGCAUCACUCUGCCAAGUUCUUCAGGAAACAGUUCCAUGAGGAAUGGAAGCAUGCUAAGAAACUGGUGGAAUUCCAGAAUUGGCAUGGAGGUCAGAUCUUGCCGGCAGACAUCAGGAAGCCAGAGCAGGAUGAGUGGAACAAUGGUCUGGAGGCAAUGCAGAGAACUCUGCAGCUGGAGAAAGAUGUGAACCAGAGUCUGCUGGAUCUGCACAAACUCUCCACUCAGCAUACUGACCUCAAUAUUAAUUUGCUGUGUGACUUCCUGGAGAGCAACUACCUGGAUGAGCAAGUGAAGAUGAUCAAGAAGCUUGGAGAUCACAUCAUCAUCCUGAGGAGAUUGGGGGCCCCUGAGAAUGGCCUGGAAGAGCACCUGUUUGACAAGCUCUCCCUGGAGGAGUGA